UUCACAAUGUGGGUGGGAAUGUUUACUUCUGUAUAAUACACGUUAGUGGCCUGAGUGAAAUAGUUGACAUGAAGCAUGUUUUCUAUGUGAAAGGAGUGUGCAGAAACAGGAAAAUAUAUUUUUGAACAAACAUGGAGGAUAAUGUUGAUGUAAUCAUGGAGAAUGUAACCACAUUGUUGUCCUUCCGUGAUAAGCAUGCUACUCGGCUUGGUGGGAUUCUUGGAGGAUUGACAGCUAGUGUUUAUGGAUUAUGGGCAGUGUUUGUUUUUCCUGGUUUUUGUAAAGUUCCUUGGAGACUAAGGGUGCCAUUUCUACCUUCCAGUAAAGCACAAGUUCAGAAUGUUAUGAAACUUUUGGAAGAUCGCAAAGGGCGGUUAGUUGACCUAGGUUCUGGAGAUGGGAGGCUGGUCUUAGCUGCAGCAUCCAGGGGCUUUCAAAGUACUGGAUAUGAGUUAAACAGCAUUCUGCUUGCAUAUGCAAAAACCCGUCGCUGGUGGCUUGGAAUUCCCGCUAAUCUUGCAACAUUUAUGAAACAAGAUCUGUGGAUGGCAGACCUUUCCGGCUUCAGUAAUGUAACAGUAUUUCUGGCCCCAGGACUUGUGACACGCAUACUAGAAAAAAAGUUGAAAGAUGAACUUCCAGAUGAUGCUCGAAUAAUUGUCUGCCGUUUCCCAUUUACUCAUUGGCCUGCUACUUGUUCUGAAGGUUCUGGUUUGGACCAGGUGUGGGCAUAUGACAUACAGACUAUCAAGAAGCAGCUACCUAAAUCUAAAUAAACAGCUCUGUCCUACUCACAUUUACUCGAUUCCCUGAAACAGUAUAAACUUUAUUAAUUAUUACUGCUCACAGUUAAAAGCGCUGUAAUUCUGUUAUUUAUUUUGCAAAACAGUUGAAUUAUUUUGCAUCAAAAUAAUCUGUAGGUUUCCUUUCAAAUGUUUUCCUUUUUGUAAUUUUGCUUUGUGAGUAAUAAUCAUGCAUACCAACAAUAAAGCAAUAAAAAC